AUUAGCAGGCUGAUGAGCAAACAAACAGCGACCCAGAGACUCUGCGCAAGGCGGCUUUCUUUGUGGCUGUGAAAGCGCGUCAGCCUGCGGGUCUGCAAUUUAAUAAAUACGGAACAACUUAUUUCUUUUAUUAUCAGGGUUUAUGGCACCGCCGGAACCGCUGGCUCCCCAAGUGCAGUCAGAAAGAUGAUGGACAUAAUAUGGGCGUGUGCAUGUUGAUCCGCCUAUAUAUAAAUAGAUAAUUAAGCACCACUAGCUAAAUAUUAGUGCGUCAAACAUCUAAAAGGUGCAUUGAUUUUUUUAAGUGAAAAAGCUUAGGAAGAAUAACUGGUGUUAGGAAAGUUUAACAAGUUGGCCCCCUAGCCCAUUUCAGCUCCCCCAAACUGGCUCCUGCAAUAAAGUAGGAGAGAAUCUGGGGAAAAAAUAUGGGAGAGGUGAAGUUUCAUUUGGCUGUUGAAAAUGAAAGUCUGUUCUUUCUCCCAGAGGCUUGUAUUUUCCAAAGAUGCAGUUUGAAACUUGCUGGGGACUUACUUUCAGUUAGACCUUCAGAGGAUUGGUCCAAAUGUUUAUCGGUCGCUGGAAUUUGAAGUAGAACUGCAGAACUAAAGUUGGUUGGCAUGACAUAAGAGGAAAAUUGAUGGGAAAGGAGGAGGAAGCAAGCAAAUUCAAAUACUAGGAUUUUUUGUUACAAUGUUCUUACAGAGUUUCCUUUAUUAUUAUUUUUGGCAGGGAGAAGGUAAACAAGAGGGCUAUGCAGAUCUUUGGAUUCAGUUCCAAAAAGUUCUUUGUGCUUCCCGGGAGAAAAUUUAGCACCCCAGGUCUGGAGCAAAGGAUCCGUCUCCCCAGAAAAAAGCCUUGAGGAGUUUCAAAAAAACCCAAGAGAUCUUUUCAUCCCUUACACUUCACAGUCAUGUGACCGCAGUCCCCAGAGUCACCCUUGGGUGUUUCUUCUCCAUCUGCCGCCCUGGAUAGAACCGCGUCUGGUCAGGAGUUGAACCCUACGAUGAAAAUGGAGGCCCCAGAGUCUCCAGCAGACUUGAAGCCAACGUUGGAGCUGGAUGGGCCCAGAGAAAGCCCCAGUGUGGCCCCGAUGGGGUCUGACCGGCAAGAUCUGAGAUGGAGAGGACUCCACAUUAAGCAGGAGCCCGAAGAGGAUUGUCUGUCGUCCCUGCACUGGGAGGCCCAGUGGCAGGAGUUCCUGGGGGGCAUGCAGUCCCCUUGCUCAGGAUGGGGGGCCAGGCACCUGCCAGGGACUGCUCCGUGGGGGGACACCAAGGCCCCCUUGGCCCACCUGGAGCUGACAGCAGCGAGCAGCCAGCGGUCCACGGAAGGGGCAUUUUUCCAACCUCUGCCACCUGGUUUUGUUGGCCCGAUGCAGCUGGCUGACCAAGAAAGGCGGAAAGUGAAGGAGGAGGUGGAGAACCAGGAUGCCCCUACCCCGGAGCUCCCCUGCCAGCGCUUCAGGCGGUUCCUCUACCAGGAAGCCGAGGGACCCCGAGAAGUCUGCAGUCACCUCUGGGAGCUCUGCCAUCAGUGGCUGAAGCCGGAGAGACACAGCAAGGAGCAGAUCCUGGAGCUGGUGAUCCUGGAGCAGUUCCUGGCCGUCCUGCCACAGGCGAUGGAGUGCUGGGUCCGGGAGUGCCACCCUCACACAUGUGCUCAGGCCGUGGCCCUGGCUGAGGACUUCCUGGUGAGGCAUCCAGAGGAAGGGAGGCAGGAACAGAAGGGCCCAGGGAUGUUUCAUGUGGUGACUGUGAAUUUUCCUGACUCCGAACAAGCAUCGUCUGAAAGGCCGCUUAGCAGGGCAGUCAAACAGGAGGUCAGCGAGGACGGCCUUUCUCAGACAGACGAUGGGCAGGUGGGUGAAAACAAAAAAGCCAACGAGUGGAAAAACAGCCUGGGAAUGGAGCCACAUGGGUCAUUGUCCCGGGAGAGGCGGGAAGGGACAGGUGGACCCGGAGAGGCGGGAGACGCGCCCAGGAGUCCCCAGCGCCUGCAGGAGAAUGGCCCCAGAGCAACGGAUGCUGGUGCUUCGGAAGGGAAGCAGUCUCUGUGUUCAAACUGUGGGGGAAGCUUCAAUCCUGUCUCUGGCCUCGGGCCAGAAGGGUUUCCCCUGGGCGUGAAUCCGUACAAAUGUUCUGUGUGUGACAAAAGCUUCUGUCAAGUUGCCAAACUCAUCGCUCAUGAGAGGCUGCACACUGGAGACUGGCCGUACAAGUGCUCGUUCUGCGGCAAGAGCUUCAACCGCAGCUCCGACGUCUCCCGCCACGAACGGAUCCACACGGGGGAAAAGCCGUUCAAAUGCACGACUUGCGAGAAGUGCUUCAGCCAGCGGUCCAAGCUGAUCGUUCACGAGAGGUUCCACACGGGGGACAAGCCCCACACCUGCUCCUACUGCGGGAGGAGCUUCCACCAAAGAUCAGACCUCGUGAAACACGAGCGGAUCCACACGGGAGAGAAGCCGUACAAGUGCUCCGAUUGCGGAGGGAGCUUCCACCGGAGUUCGGAUCUUGUGAAACACAAGUGGAUCCACACGGGGGAGCGGCCGUACAAAUGCUCCACGUGUGAGAAGAGCUUCCGGCAGCGCUCGGCCCUCCUGUACCACGAGAGGACCCACACGGGAGAGAAACCGUAUACCUGUACCGCCUGCGGGAAAGGCUUCAGCUGUAAAGCCCAUCUGGUGCUCCAUAAAAGAACCCACACAGGGGAGAAACCCUACAAGUGCAACUUCUGUGGGAAAAGUUUCACCACUAGUUCGUACUUUGUGAAGCACCAGAGAAUGCAUUUAGGGCAAGAAACGCUGCCAGUGCUCAUUGAAGGAUCGGUUCUUCCGGCAGUCCAAGUCCCUUCCUGCUCCCCCCUUCCUCUCCCUCCCCUCCCCAACAGAGCCGGCCUUUUGAAUUCCCCAUCCAGAGGUUCUCCUCUUCUUUCUCCUCUCCCUCAAACGUCUCCAACUGAACUGAAAUUGCAGAAAGAAAUGGAUACUGCCAUAUCAGUCCAGGAUCCCCACAUCCAACCUAGGUUAGAGUGGAGGCCACAACCUGGGAUGAAAAUAGAAGGGGAGGAGUCAGGAGCGAGACCGAAGGCUGCAGAAUCCCACCAUGUUGCCCAAGUAGUGAUCAAAUCACCGAAUCUAAAACGAUCACCAACACAGCAUCUCAAAGAGGAAGAUGAGGAGGGGAUGUUUUCACAGCACUGGGAAGGGCAGUGGCAAGAAUUUUUGAAGACAGUCCAGUUUUCCAACUCAGAACAAGCGGGCUCUCUGUUUCUGCUUCAUCCUGAGACCAAGUCCCAAGCUGCUGCCUUUGAGAGGGCAGCCAACUCAGCAGUGAAGGAGGAAGGAAUGUCCACAUGCUGGUCAACAUUGAAAGGACAAGCAAAUAGCCAGCAAGAUGUCACAGACAGGACAAAUGCUUGUCCUAUGGAGGAGAUCAAACCUGAUGAGGACGAUGCUCUGGAGACUCAGCGCCAGAACUUCCGUCAAUUUUUCUACCCAGAAGGUGAAGGGCCCCAAGUUGCCUACAGACAGCUCCGAGCUCUGUGCCACCGGUGGCUGAAGCCAGAGAGACACACCAAGGAGCAGAUCCUGGAGCUGGUGAUCCUGGAGCAGUUCCUGGCCAUCUUGCCUGGAGAAGUCCAAAGAUGGGUCAAAGAACUUGAGCCUAGGAGCUGCCCUCAGGCUGUGGCUCUGACAGAGGAUUUCUUUCAGAGGCGAAAAGGAGCAGACAGGCAGGAGCAGCAGAGCUGGCCGCAUCAGGACGGUGCUGGAGAUUUCCCUGCUAAAGAUGGAGCUUCUCUGGAAACCAGAGGGAUGACCCCUAGUCCUGGAGUCAAGACAGAAGCAGAUGAUGAGUGGCGGGGAGAAAAGGAAAGAGGGCUGUCAGGUUUAUCCUCAGAAGAAGGAAGCCUUAAAAAUCCUGACAAAUCAGAGUGGAUGGAAGAGAAUUCACUGGAAGGAAGCAAGAACAAGGCCGUUUCUGUUUCUCAAAGGCUCAAGGCAGCUGAAAUUGUGACCCAAGCAAUUAUACCCAAAGAAAAUGGAGGAAUGAAGUAUACGGCAUGUGGGAAAAUCUUCUUGAAUGAGGCAGACCUUAACAGACAUCAGAUAACCCAUACAAGAGACAAACCUUAUGAAUGCUCAGAUUGUGGGAAAAGCUUCCACUGGAGGUCGAUCCUGAAUGCCCACAGGAGAAAACAUACAGGAGAGAAACCAUUUCAGUGUGCUGAGUGUGGGAAAAGUUUCAGCCAUAGUUCCUACCUUCUGGGUCAUAAGAGGACUCACACGGGAGAGAAACCCUAUGAAUGCUUGGAGUGUGGGAAAAGUUUCCGUCUGAGCUCACAUCUGAUCAAUCACAAGAAAAUCCACACUGGACAGAAACCAUUUAAAUGCCUGGACUGUGGGAAACAUUUCCGACGGAGCUCACACUUGAAUUGCCACAAACGACUGCACACGGGGGACAAACCUUAUCAGUGCCUUGACUGUGGAAAACGUUUCUGUCGGAGCUCCAACCUUAAUAGUCAUAAGAGAAUCCACACAGGAGAGAAACCAUUUGAAUGUUCCAUCUGUGGAAAGUGCUUCUGCCAAAGCUCACAGCUCCAUCAGCAUCAGGCUACCCACACUGGCGAGAAGUCGCAUAAGUGUUCAGAUUGUGGCAGAAGCUUCAGUCAACUGUCCUAUCUUCACAGCCACAAGAGAAUGCACACCACUGAGAAGUCAUUUCCGUGCUUGGAGUGUGGGAAAAGCUUCCACUGGUUGUCACAGCUGAACAACCACAAGAGCGCGCACACAGGAGAAAAACCGUAUGGGUGCUCGGACUGUGGGAAGAGUUUCAGUUGGCGGUCGCAGCUUAGCAUCCACCAGAAGAUACACAUGGAAGAGAAGCCAUACGAAUGCGCAGACUGCGGGAAAACGUUCCACUGCAAAUCAUACCUUCAUGACCAUCAAAGAAACCACACUGGGGAGAGACCCUAUGAAUGCAUGGAGUGUGGAAAAAGCUUCCACUGGAGAUCUAACCUUCACGAUCACAAGAAAAUCCACACGGGGGAGAAACCCUAUGAAUGCUCAGACUGUGGGAAAAGCUUCCGUCAGAGUUCACACCUUCAUGCACAUAGGAGAAUCCACACAGAAACGAAACAUAAAUAAGUUAUUCACCAUUGCAGAUUGCAUCUUAACAUUCAUUCCAAUUCAUAUAGGACAGCUUCCAGUGGAUAGCAUACUUUAUAAGAAAAGUUGGAUAGUAUACUUCAUGAAAAAGGACAGAUUUAUGGAGCCCUAAGUAUGAUGCUUUAUUAAUAUUGCAUUUUUAGAUUUCUAAAAAGCUUCUAUAGAAGUACCAAAACCAUUAAAUCCACAGAUUUUCUGCAUCAUUAUAUCUGAGUCGAAUCAUUCAACUCAAUCAUUUCAGUCAUGCUUAGGAUUAAGCUGUAGGUGAACUGUACAAAUAUUCAUCAUGAUGUUUACUUUCCCCUGAUUUUAAAUAUUAGAUGUGUUUUAACAGAUGUGUUGUUUUAACUUUAAUAAAAUUAUUAUUUA